AUUCAAGAAACAAGUGUGGAGUAAAAGCAGUGCUAUUGUGCUCUCCAGUAGAGCAGGACGCGAGGGCUGCAAGUGCCUGACAAACUACUAUGAAGGAAAGGAUCAAGAAGCUAGAUGUGUUAGGACGGCUUCGCCUCAGAGAUGAUACUGCUGGAAGAAUAGAAGCUCAGUAUCUGCAUCGUUGAUUUAUUUUAUAUUCCCACAGACACAACAUCUGGUUACUGCAAGCAAAUCCAAAGGUCUACAGUAUAUUUAUUGAUCAAACAAGGCAACGGCUUCACCUGACCACUUGAUUUUCACAGUUUAUUUUCUCGACACUAACCACUUCCUCGAAAGGCCAUGGAUGCCAGCUCAAUACCUCAGAUUAAUAUCGAGGACUGUGAUGGCCUUGAGGUUGCCCCAGAUGAUCAUUUGAGAAACUUGAAAGCACUGACUGAGAAGCUCAGACUUGAGACCAGAAGGCCGUCCUAUCUUGAGUGGAAGGAACGAGUGGAAGCUCAAAGCUCCAAAGGUUUAGUCGUGUCAGAGGUCUCAUCAGAGCUGGAGAAAAGUGCUGGACUGAAGCCCAACGUCACACCUCAGAUUUCCCAAGUCACUGCAGGAAAAGCCCUGAUUUCCAGAACUCUUGGAGGGUUUGAGAAUAUUGAUGAAGCUCUUGUUUGGCUUAGAAAAGAAUUGAUGGAGAUGCGCGUCCAGGACCAGCAGUUGGCCCGCCAACUUAUGCGACUACGCGGAGACAUCAACAAACUCAAAGUGGAGCAGACGUGUCACCUGCAUCGCCGGAUGCUCAACGACGCCACCUUUGGUCUGGAGGAGCGCGAUGAGCUGUCGGAUCUUCUGUGUGAUGGACCCGUCACUCCAGGGUUCGGCCUCUCUUCACCACUGCGCCUCAUCGGUGUCACCAAGAUGAACAUCAACUCCAGACGCUUUUCCCUUUGCUAGCCAUUCAAUGAGUGACCCAACUGCAAAAGAAAAUAAUCAGGGAGUCAAAAUGGACUAUUCUGGUAUUAAGCGUUUAAGUGAAUAAUCUUAGACAACUGUUUAGGAACCCAUAAGAACUGUUUCCACAGAACAUCCUGUGCCUCUUGCUCUAUGUAUUUGUGCCAGUGAAACCUUUUCAGUUAAUCAAAUGAACUAUAGACAAUGACUUCUAAAAAAAAAUGUCUGAUCCACUAGCCAUGGUUCUAUAUGCCUUAGAAACAGUCCUUGUUGUGGUCAUGAGAUAUCAACUGGUGUCGCUUACCACACACUGCAGGCUCUGUUUCAAAAUCAAAUACGCACCCUUUGAUGCGAAGACACAAAGUCUCCCGAAACACAUUGUUUUAGCCAAAUUCUAAGGCAGCAUUUGUUGCCAUAAGCUCAGUGUAGAUUGUGGAUGAAGCAUUAAAGGUGUCAUGACAUUGAUUUUUUAAUAAUUUUAAUAUGUUGUUUGAGGUUCCCUUAUAAUGUGAAUGAAGGUUUUUGUAUAAAAAAACAAAUAUGUAUGUGGAAAAAA